GAAAACUUGGGUCAUUGAUUUCUUGUUGUCCAGUUGAGCUGUGGAAUUUUUUGACGAUUUCUUUUUAGUGCGGAAGGCUUCGUCUCGUGAUUCGGGGUUGAAAGGAAUGCGAAUGCCUCGGAGCUCAUUCUCGCACCUGUUAAUUUGUAUGAUGUUAAACCCUCGUGUCAUGUGCCGACACAGCAAUGGGGAGAGCAUGUGGUCGAACCUUUGCACUGUCUUUCCUGGGUGUAGUCUUGCAGCUUGCAGGCCUUGUACUCUUUGUUCUGGGCUUUUUCCCGGUUAAACCGGCACUCACAGGCAGCAGUGGUCUUGAAAGUGCCAUGCCGAGCUGCCACACGAACCCUCACGUCAGUGAUGAAGAAUUCUCUCAGGUGUCGCGGGUUUCCUAUCAGGAAGCAAGUGGUGUUCCUCGACAAUUCGAUCGUCUUGUCAUUAUGAUUGUGGAUGGCAUGCCUGCAGAAUUCGUACUUGGUAGAGGGGGUCAUCCUUCACUUCCUGAGUUGGUUGCUGCCAUGCCUUUUACGCAUAGUUUAAUAUCGGCCGGGAAGGGCCUUGGAUACCAUGCUAAAGCUGCACCCCCGACUGUAACCAUGCCUCGUCUCAAGGCGAUGACAUCUGGAGCCAUAGCUGGAUUUCUGGAUGUGGCAUUCAACUUCAACACACAAGCCUUACUUGAUGAUAAUCUUGUGGACCAAUUGGCAAGAGCAGGAUGGAAAAUGGUCAUGCUGGGGGAUGACACGUGGCUGAAGCUCUUCCCGGACAAAUUCAUGCGCUAUGAUGGUGUCAACAGCUUUUUCGUGAAAGAUACUGUGGUGGUGGAUCACAACGUUACCCGCCAUUUGAAUGUAGAGCUCGCAGCCACUGAUUGGGAUCUCUUGGUGCUUCACUAUCUUGGGCUUGAUCACGUUGGUCACCUUGGAGGUCGUAGCAGCUCAUUGGUGGCGCCUAAGUUGAAGGAAAUGGAUGACGUCAUUCGAAGAAUCUACGAUAAGUUGAUUAAGACUUCGGGUGACCGUCGUACUCUACUGUUGGUAGCCAGUGAUCAUGGUAUGACAGAAGGUGGAAACCAUGGUGGUGCGUCGUAUCAGGAAGCAGAUGCUCUAGCUUUAUUUAUUUCAGAAAGUGAUUCUAUCAACAUGUUUAUGGACAAGAGGCAACACGAAUCUACCUUAAAGCAAAACAAAGGUGUUGCCACUUCCUCUGCCUGGCCAUCGUUCCAAGUAGAUGUGGUGCCAACAUUGGCACUACAACUGGGUGUUCCAAUACCAAAAAAUAGCGUUGGAGCUCUGCUUCCUCAACAUUUUUCUUCACUGACUUCCAAGGAACAGCUGCGAGCAUUGGAGUUGAACGCUUGGCAACUUUUUAAUCUGGUACAUGUGCGGUCUCCAAGGUCCCAGUGUGUCAAUGACCUUUGCUCAAAUACAUCUGGAAAUGUGGAUGGUGGAUCCAACUCCGAUUUUUCAAUGAGUUGGAGAACAGAGAAAGACAAGGAGGUGGAAGUGUUUUGUAAGCUCUUCAUGCAAGCAAUUCAGCUCCACUCUUCUUGGAGGCAUAUGGAUAACGACAGCGUAAUCAGUGAAGCCAAAGGAUUUAGUGAAUUUGAAGCUGCAAGAGACGCAUAUUUGAAGAUGCUGAAGUCUACUUCAGAGUGGCUUGCGAAGGGCACAACUGAGAAGAACAUCCUACUUCUUCUAUGUGGUGGAAUUUUAAUGCUGCUUUCACCUGUAAUUCUUUUCUCGACACUUCUCUCAAUUUGCGAAGCCAAGUCGGAGAGGAAUCAGCUGAAGAUUAACUCCCCUAAUGUUGAUGCCUCGGGUGAUUUUUUGUUUGAGAAGUUGAUAGUGAUUGGGGGUGUCUGUAUCCACGCUGGGAGCUUAGCAUCAUCUUCAUUUGUCGAAGAGGAACAGUAUACAUACCACUUUUUGGUUUCCACUUUGUGCAUUGCUCUCUUUCGACACGUACUACAACAGCCUUUUCAACUGUUGCCAGGGUCAAGUCAAAGACGAGCUCAGGCAAAUGAUUAUGGGAAGUUCUCAGAUAGCAUACAGAGGGCUACGUUCACUAAAGUUUCAUCUGGGGAUGGAGAUAAUGCAGCAAGAUUUCUUGCUGUGUCUGUGAUUCUUUUAAGUGGAAGAAUAAUACGGGCAUGGCACCGCAGUGGGGUGAAUUGGGCACACCUACCCGAUAUUGCAAAAUGGCUAGACGCAAACGACGUGCAGAUUUCUACUGCUCUUAGAUACACAGCGCUUCUUUUCACAACUACAAGUAGCUGUCUGUUUAUUCUUAAAUCUUCUCGACGACAUCUUCUACGGAAACUGAUAGCCUGUUGCUUAUGUUUAUCCGCUACAUUGAUAUUUGUAUAUGUGGAUUCAGAAUCCCAUCAAGUACCCACGUUGUUUGGGACAACAUCAUACCCGGAACAAGUGCCUACUUUGUUGGCUCGUUCGGUGUUUCUAAUACUUGGGGUAACUGCUGCACUUGCGGUCACUCUUAUGCCUUGGAUUGAACCACUUCAGUUUGAUGAGGACACAAAGACGGCUAGCUAUCCCAGUCAGGAAAUCAAGAGAAUGUGGGUGGAUUUUCCUCUGGAAACUGGCAUAACAUCAGCACUGCAGUCGACAGGACAAGUUUUAAUCUCCUGUUGGUGUUUGUUACAACUACUUCUACAGCAGACUGUGAAUGCUGGACCAGUAGCGUUGCUUCUGAUACAGCUUCUGGCCACAGUCACAUUCUUCAGGCGAAGGAGCAACAGAUAUGAGCUGUGGUUUCAGGUAUUAGCGUUGCAAUGGAUGGGAGGAUCUGGGCAUUUUGGGCUUGGUAACAGCAACACUCUCGCUACUGUUGAUGUAGCUGGUGCUUAUAUUGGCUUGUCGUCUCAUUCCACGAUCUUAUCUGGGCUCCUAGCAUUUAUUAUUACUUAUGCAUCGCCAUUCCUAUUCCUUUUAGGAAUGAUGUUGCUACAAAGUCCAGUACCAAAGAGCAUUGAGGCCCAUACUUUUCAAGGGCUUGGCCCUUCAUCUUGGUUACUGGAAAUACUUGCAGUGCCAUGCAUUGUCCCUGUGGCUUUGAAUGGUAUUAUAAUGGUGGCAUUCACAGCUAUCCUCACAGUUAUGCAGGAUCACUUAUUUGUGUGGAGCGUUUUUUCCCCCAAGUAUUUAUAUGUUUGUGCAGCAACUGUUUGCACUGCUAUUGGUGCAUUUGUAUACGCUUCAACCUCAAUUUAUUACAAUUUUAUUAUUUCGCGGCGGUCGCAUCACUUGGAGCUCAAGAAAACUAAAUUUCAAUCCAGUAAAAAGACUUUGUGACAAAAGAUUUGUGAGCUCAGUCAAGCAUCCAAAUUGUGUCUAUUCUUUUUUCAUCAACCUUGAAGCAGUGUUCUAUUCGAUUUUGAAUACAUUCAAAAGAUCAUUGUUGUUUGUUAAUGAAUUUCGAAUCUAGUUUUUUUAAUUAAUUUUUACUUAGUUCAGUAAAUGUUUUAAACCGAAAUGAAAUACUAAUUCAUUGAAUUUCAAAAGUA